AUGGCCAUCUUGACGGUGUGGAUAUCGGGCCUGGCUUUGGUGCAGGAACUUUGGUUCCGUGCUGCCAUCCUGCUUGGGCUCAGUUUCCCCUUGUACAGUGGCUACUGCGCCUGCGCAGCCCGACGGGACCUUUGGAAGAAGUUGGGGCGCUGUCGCAUCCUCCUGCUGCUGUUACUAUGCAUCCAGAGUGUUUCCAUUGCAUUUGCUGAAUGGGAUCGUCCGUUCCAGACGUGGGGCAUGCUGCUGCUCCACACCACAUUUGUCAGCAACUUCAGUCCCUUUGGUGUGAUGGAGAUUUUCUUUGCAACGGCGGUGUGCGGCAUUCCUGCAUACAUCUCGAUUUUGCUCCAUCCAGACUGGACUGUCAAUGUGGCCCAGCCUGCCGUAUGCAAUGAGCAACAAGAAGAUGCAGCUGGCUUUCUUGCGGAGAUUAUUCUGCCGCCGGUGGUGUGUAUGUGUCAGUUCGUGCUGGCCAGUUGGCGCGACGAAACCAUGCGCCUGGAUUUCCUGCUCCGAGACCAGUUGCAAGCGCAGCGUCGAAAACUGAAUGAGGAAAAUGAAAAAAGUGAAGAUCUUCUGAAGAGUAUGCUGCCACAGGCAAUCAUUGAUUCACUUAAGCGCCACGAGCCGGUGGAGUGUCAAGACUUCUCAAACGUCACUGUGAUUUUUGUGCAGGUCUGUGACUUUGCCCAGAUGUGCUCGGUGUUGCCACCGACGACCAUUGUGCAAAUGUUAGACAAGGUGUUUCAAGAACUGGAUCGCUUGAGCGACCUCCUCAAAGUGCACAAGGUGGAAACUGUGGGAGAUGUGUAUAUGGCCGUGUCUGGCUGUCCCCAUGAGAUCGCGAACCAUGCAGAUAUCGCUGCGCACUUUGCCAUCGCUGCUCAGUCCAGUAUCAUCAGGAUGCGAGCGUCCGAUGUGAUCCUGCCACAAGGGUUCCAGGGCCGACGUUUGUCGGCAGUGCUGGGUGACAAGCAACUGGAACUGAGGAUCCGGAUUGGCUUGAACAGCGGGCGGAUACGUGCAGGUGUGGUGAGUCUGGACAAGCCACGCUUCAAACUCUUUGGCGAUACGGUCAACACUGCAAGUCGCAUGGAGAGCACCUCUGAACCAGGAUGUACCCAGAUCAGUGAGUCCACCAGAUCAAUCCUCAGUGAGGAAUUCGAUGCGCAGGAGCGAGGCUGGGUUGAGGUGAAGGGCAAAGGUGCUUUGAGGACCUACUACCUCCGUGGAUACAACCUAGUUGAGACGCCGGAUGACAGCAAAAUGCAGGAUUCCGUCACCAUCAAGGUGAUACAGAAGGCAGCGUUGGCUGCUGUGGACAAGGAUGAGGCCUAUCAAACUGAAGCUCCAGGCAAUCCCUUGCUGCGAAGGGCAGCGGGGAAAGCGCUACAAGAUCUUCUGGACAGCAUUCCUGGGACCUUGCAGGUCACACAGGUCAUGUCGAGGGGCCAGAGCACUCGAAACAGCAACAUGUACCAAAAGAAGAGAGAAAGUUGGAGAGAGUGGCUUGAUAUGAAGCUGCUACUGGUCUCCAGCACAUCCAAGCGCCCAGAGAUGUUGCACAGUUUGAAGGAGGAUAAGAGGGAAUACAAACGAGUCACUUUGGACAGACGUGUCUUCUUUUCACGCGGAUUGGUGAUUGCAUGGCAUCUGGUCUUGUCCACCACAUCGCUGCUGGAUUAUGCCUUUGACAUUCCCAUGAGUCCUUUGACUUGCGCGGGCCCUGCGCGGUGCGGGAGAAACUUCACUGUCGAACCCAAGAAGCGUGGCGCAUGUGGCGGGCGGGCCGUGGGCGUGGCUGUGAGCAUUUCGCUGCUGGCCAGCUUGCCGCAUGCGCAUGCUGCGCUGUCCAUUUCCUCAGGUUACGAGAGCUUUCUGACUCAGAUCAGGAAUCGAAUCGUAUGUGCAGAGGACGAUGUUCAGGAGGUUUUAGCACAGACCUGUGACUCCAUGAAGGAUGGUCCCUUCUGCCGUGCCCUACCAGAGUUGGGCGUGGGACAGCCGAGACAUCAACCCUUCACCUUGGACUCCAUCGUCCCGCAGCACCUCUUCGGCGAUCCUCGCGCCAGCAUGGAACGAGCCCCUGGGAAGGCCGGUGCCGGGUCCGAUGCCGCGCAAACGGAGCAGGCCACGAAACAGGCCACGGCCGUGUUGAAUCGCUUCUUGGAACAUUUCUCCAAGAUCAAAGAGGUGAGCUGGCCAAGGUCCGCAACGACUGAGGGCCGCCUGGAUCUUCGGCGCUUAGCCAUGGGAGGAAAGCUGGCGAUGCCUCGAAGCUAUUCACGAGGUCUACCUAACCAGGUCUAUGCUUCUUGGGAGGGCCCUUGGCAAGUCGAGCCAGCUGUUUCGCCUCCCAUUGACACCCUGAGAAAGAAAAGGACACGCCGAAGUCGAAGGCCUCGAGCAGCAGUGCGGCUCAACGGAGCCAUAGGUUCGGUGCGGUUCAACCGCCCCGUGGUCAUCCGCAGCCUCCAAAUGAUGCCAACGUCGCUGUCCGGCGCCGGCGAGGAGCUCUGGGUCAGGGGCCGCCUUGGGGGGGCCGAAGUCUGGCGGCAUGCCUGGGGCCGGGGCGGCGCGUGUGGCAUUGGGGAGCUGGUGAUGGGGAGGUGGGAAGGUGAUGGUCAGUUCUACUACGCACGGAUUCUCACCUCUCAUCGCACUGGCGCAACUGUCCUCUGGAUCGAUCGGGAUCCUUCACACCGACUGGUGAGCUGGGAGCAUUUGGUGACACCUGCAGGCCUCGUUUGCAAAGAGCUCGUCUUAGCGCCGCCGGGAGCAGUCGAAUGGCAAGACCUGGCCAGGCGAAGCAAGGCUGUCGAUGAGAUUGCUUUCCUGUCAGUCUCGGCCUCCCAGUGGCUCUUGGGUGAGCUUCAUGUGGCUGCAACCGCCUGGAAACCGGAGGAGCUGCGCUCGGAGUCUGACAGCGUUCGGCCACCAACGGACACUGCAGCCCGUGUGGUGCAGGUCCUGCCCGGGCCCCAUGCGUCCAUUGAAGAGGCUUCAGAGUCUGCACUCUUCUACAACGCCGACGAUAUGUUGGAGCGCGGUCUUCGCCUGAAGAGUUGGCCUGGUCGGCAGAAGAGUGAGGCCAGCACUCGAAAGGCUUCGCAAAAGCUGCAGACCGCGGCCUUCCACUCGGUGGAGGGCUUGAAGCAGAUGGUCAGAUCACUCAUGCAGCCUGCCGGACGUCCUUCCUUGCGCUUGCCUCCACACGUAAGCGAAGCGAGAGUGCUGUCAGAUUUGGAUUACCUGGUCACAACGCUGAACGUUGGCCUUUUGUCGCCGGAAGAUCAGGAGAAAGUGGUGAGGAGGUACGGGCACUUUGAGAUUUUUUUCACUGACUUAUGGGACUGGAGAGCACCUGUGGACUCGCUUCAAGUGCUGUACGAGCACUGGAGGGAGGAUCCGAUCAUGCAGAAGGAGGCAGCAAAUGUCUUCCAGGAGGGACAGUCUUGGCAGGGAUCCUACUACUGCACACAGGGGCGCACUAAGUUCAGCUUGGACAUCACAGCUGUGAAAGUGGUGGAUGGCAAGGAACAGGUUCAAGCCGACCUCACCUUCACGAUUGCUAAGAAAGGCGGCAACGUCACAGGGAUCUACGAGGUUCUAGGGCAGGUGGAGUCAAGCGGUCGUAGUUUGAUCUUCGAGCCCAUCCCCGACAGUUGGAAGGAGCAGCCCAAGAACUUUGUCAUGGUUGGCACCCAGGGGGUGGUAUCGGCCACUGACGAUGGCACUCUGCGUCACGUCUACGCCGGCACGGUACCCAUCUACGGCUGCGAUAGCUUCGAGCUGUUCACGGAAGCGAAAGCUGAAGGCCACCCCGACCCCAGCAGUGCGGAUCACUGGAGGAAUUCACCCUUCAGUGGCGCAUUGCAACGACUCAGUGACACCAUUGAUAUGAAUCGCCAUAGCUGGCGGAAGGUUUUACAGCGACUCAUGCUUGAAAAGUCCCAGAAGCCCAACGAGGUGGCUCCAAUCUUUGAAGCCGCGCGGCAGGCGGGGCUUGUAAGUGUUGAGUUCACCACGGGCGGCGAGGAGAUUGUCCUGCAGCUGAAGCGCUGUGAAUGGGAACGCUAUCGCUUUGGCUUGCUGGUGCGAACUUGGGGAGUUCAGAUCACUGGAUGGCUACAUCUGGGUUUGCUGAUGGACAAAGUGGCCUUUGAUCGAAGAGGAAAGCUGAUUACCCUUGUCAUGUUGUCGCUGGAGGGAGUUGCCGUGGCACUUCUGGAUGCGCUGAUCUUCAAAAACGAUCCGUUCUUCUUCAUGCUCUACGGUCUCUAUGUCUUGUUCAGCAAAAGUUGCCCCUUUCCGGCCCGACUCUUGUUGUGUUUCCUUGCCCUUGUGGGCUGGUCGCUGAUUGACAGUGUGAUUUGUGACUUCCAGAUCAGGCAGCGGAAGUUUCAGCAUAUCGGCUACACGGCAGUGGUGCUAAUGCUGACCGCUGGAGGAAUCAGGAUGCAAGAGCACUUGGACCACUGCGCGAGCUACUACGAGCGACACGUGCAGAGACAGAUCGAUAGCAUUUCCGACUUCAAGGGUGGCAACCAAAAGCUCUUGGCCAAAAUCCUGCCAAAGCAUGUGGUGCAAUUGGUCAGCGAUGGAGUUUCGCCCAUCGCAGAGGACUACGCUGAUGUCACGGUGGUCUUCACCGACCUCCAAGGCUUCACCGCGUUUAGUUCUCGCAUCAGCCCCGGGGAGUUGGUGGAGCUCUUGAAUAUGCUCUAUUCGGCCUUUGAUGAAACCAUCUUGGACUGGGGCUUGCACAAAGUGGAAGUCAUUGGCGAUGCCUAUUUCAUCUCUUCGGGUUGCCCCAUGGAGGACUCGAAUCUUAGUCCUGAUCAGCAUGCCAUGCGGGCAGUUGAGGUGGCUUUGGCUCUGCAGCGCAUUGUACCUGCAGUCUGUGAUGAUGGCUCUGUGCACAUGAGAUGUGGUAUCCACACGGGCAACGUCAUCGCUGGUGUUGUUGGCAAAAAAGGACCUCGCUUCCAUCUAUUUGGACCCAACGUGGAAUAUGCUAAUCGAAUGGAGAGCACGGGAGUGCCUGGAAAGGUACAAAUCAGCUUCUCUACAAAGCAGUGGUUGGACAUCGGAGGCCACGAUUAUAUCUUUGAGGAUCGCUCUGUUGACAUGGGCGGACGCCAUGAUCGAACCUUUUUGGUGACACGAAGCAAGGCUCGGGCCGCCAAGAAGAUCCGGAACCGUUUGGCCAUGCAGCGACAGGAGAUGGCGAUCGCAGCCACGCCAACAGAACCCGAAUGA